UCCAAUCUGAAUAUGUGGGAGGAGCGCGUCCGCCCACAAAAGCCACAGCUAUCUCCCCGAAUCUCCCCGUUAAAAAAAUCAAUUGUGCACGAAAAAAAAAGGGAAUACGAGUAAAAUAGCAACAGCUGUGACGGCUCGCUCUCGGUGCCCGACGGACGGCGACGAGGCGUCCCCGCGUCGUGCGGAGAGAGGAACGGCGGCGACAGCAGGAGCGGAGAGGGUGUAGUCCUGAUGCUUAAAUGGAAGUGGGCUGGCCUCCACGGUCACACACCGACAACUUCUCUGUGGACAUCGUUCUGACAAGCGCUGCUUUACUCGUGUAUGGACUGGCGACCCGCUGAGGGAGAGCUACGCCGGGGCUGCCAGGGGGCCGACGGGCCGGGACGCUCGCUGCGCGCUCCGUUAUUUCCGUUAUUCGGGGCUGCUUGAUUGUGCUGCGCUUGGCACCGCCCUUCCUGGCCGGUGGGUGGUUUCGUCAAACGGGCAGAUCCGCCACGGCCCAGCGCCGAACAUAUAGGCCGUCCUCCGCCUGUGUACCCGGCCGGCCUUCUACCGUGAACUACACCCUCUCCUCUCGGUACAUUAAUGCGUUAUGAGUGACUCCAAGAAGGAAUCAUCUGGAACUGAAGGAGGGAAAGCAUCUAAGAAGGGGAAAAGUUCUGGAUCACAGGAUUCCUCUCAGCCCUCUCCGUUGGCUCUGCUAGCGGCCACCUGCAGUAAGAUCGGAGGGCAGGGGGGAGCGGAGGGGGCUCAGGCCCAGGCGGGGGCCCAGCAGAUCCAGGUCCAGGCUGGUCAGAUCCAGCUGCAGGGAGGUCAGCUCCAGGGUCAGAUAGUGGUGGACACCACUGGAGGCCAGGCCCUGGUGCCCCAGCAGCUGGAACUGGUCCCGGCUCAGUUCACAGGGAACGGCUGGCAGAUCAUUACAACAGCUCCUACGAUGGCCAAGGAGAACACCAGUCAGCCGGUUGCUGUGACGGUGGCCACCACCUUGGCUAAUGACAGUUCACCUGGUGGACGCAAGGUCAAGCCAGUCGGUGGGACCAACAGCGUCGCAGCCAGUCAGCAACAGCAGCAGUUCCAGAUCAUCCAGGUUCAGAACCUGCCCAAUGCUGGGGGCGGGGUCCAGUAUCAGGUCAUCCCUCACCUGCAGACUGCAGAUGGGCAGCAGAUCCAUAUCAGCCCAGCUCAUUCAGCUUCCAUUGGGGCUCUACCGGAGCAGGUUCAGCUCAUCCAGACUCAGAGUCCGAGCCAGACCCAGGCUAUCCUGCAGCCAGCCAACCAGCAGGCCAUCCUGACAAGUACAGCCAAUCAGACGGUCCCGCUGCAGAUCCGCCCUGCACAGUCUUUCCCACUGCAGCUGCAGACUCUGCAGGGCUCCCAGACUCCUGUUAUGACCACUGUACCCAUAAACCUCGGUGGCAUGACCCUGGCUCUGCCUGUGAUAAAUAAUGUCGGAGGGGGCGGGGCUGUGCAGCUCAUCCAAUCAGCAGAUGGAACGUUCUCUGUUGCCAAUGGCAACCAGCUGGUGACAACUGCAGUGUCCGGAGCAGCUCCUGCUACAGCAUCAACCGGCUCAACGGCAGUAACCGAAGGUGACGGCAUCUCAGAUGGGACACAAAUGGUUUCUGUUGGAUCGGAGGCUGGAUCAGCUGACACACAAGUGCAGAGCAGUGAGGCAGACUCUCAAAGCCAGAACCAGGCCAACGGGCUUCAGAACCAGACAGAUACAGCAGGGACCAUCCAGCAGGUGAUCGUGGGCCAGGUGGGGCACCAGCUGGUGCAGCAGAUCCAGCUGCAGCCCCAGACUCAGAGUCAGGGUCAGGCCCAGCAGCAGCCUCAGCACAUUCAGACCCUCCAGCUGGCUCCAGGACAAACCCUGCAGCCCAUCCAGGCCUUCCAGAACCCAGCCCAGGUCCUUAUUCGCACCCCCACCCUGUCUCCGUCCGGCCAGCUCACCUGGCAAACACUGCAGCUUCCCGGUGGCGUCUCCCUGCAGGGUGGCCUCGGGGCGGCCAUGCCACAGCAGCUGACACUGGCCCCCGUGGCCGGAGGGACGACAGUGGGCAGCGGAGGGCUGGUGUCCCUGAGUGGAGCUCCCCUGACGCUGAGCGCAGCACAGAUCAACCCGGGGUCUGGGGUACAAACGGUCAGCAUCGCAGGGCUGGGCACUGCAGGGGUUCAGGUGCAGGGAGUCCCCCUCACCAUUACUGGUCUACAGGGUCAGCCACAGGGUCAGGAUGGGGUCAAAGUUCAGUCGUCUCCCGUGACGGUCACUGUUGGCAACGUGGCGUCAGGCUCAUCCAUGAGUCCAGACCAGCUGGGCUCCGUACAGAGUUCUUCGGACCAGGAGGGACCACCGAGCAAGAGACUUCGCCGCGUCGCCUGCUCCUGUCCGAACUGCAGGGAUGGAGAGGGAAGGAACAGCGGCGACCCCACGAAGAAGAAGCAGCACAUCUGCCAUAUGGAGGGCUGCGGGAAGGUGUACGGCAAGACGUCCCACCUGAGGGCCCACCUGCGCUGGCACACCGGCGAGAGGCCGUUUGUGUGUAACUGGAUCUUCUGUGGCAAGAGGUUCACGAGGAGCGACGAGCUGCAGAGACACCGGAGGACACACACAGGAGAGAAGCGCUUCGAGUGUCCAGAAUGCUCCAAGCGCUUCAUGCGCAGCGACCACCUCUCCAAGCACAUCAAGACCCACCAGAACAAGAAGGGCGGGGCUGCGGUGGCAAUCAUCACCACUGACGACAUGGAGGAAGACGCCCCUGAAGGCAUGGGCGCCUCCCCUCAGAUUGUUGCCGUGGCAACCCUCUCACGUGACUCUGACCCUGCUACGCCCACCACCUCUAAUCACCUGGAGGAAGAGGAGGAGGAAGAGGAGGAGUUUGAAUAGACGACUGACUCCUGUCUAUUAGCGGAAGGCCGACUUCCUGUUUUUUUGGGAGUCUUUGCAGGGACUGUGAGGGUCGCCACUCUUUCCCUUUUUUUUACUUUUCAUUUCACAUCAUUUUAAAAAUGUUGUUCUCUCAUGAAAAGGGACUCAAAAGAGACGGGAUCAUGCAAUGAAGAGAAAACGAAAAAUAUAACAUCACAACUAAAAAAACUAACAGAGUUAAUAACGACGUAUGAAAGAUUAGUUUGGCAUUUAUGAGAGGAAUCUAUGAUAAUUCCAUAUGUGGCGGGGAAAGGAAUGUAAGAAGUGUCUAGACUAGCACAAGACAGGGGGUCCUGCUGAACCGAUCCAACAUCCAGAGACAUUUUCCUAAUCGCAACAGAAUCUAACUCUAUGCACAAAGAUGUGUUCCUGUUUCAUACCUGUCAGACAGCGCUGAGGGUCAAUCAUGGUACAGGACUGUUGCAGGGCAGCGAGGGCAGUCUUGGGAUGGAUGGUGUGUGUGUGUGUGUGUGUGUGUGUGUGUGUGUGUGUUCCCAUGCUGUCAUGGAGAGGAUCUACCUAAUUUGAGUUUUAUUCAUGGUUCAGGUUCAGUCUUCAGAUCAGAUUCAGGUGUUGAUUCCUUCGAGACCAGUCAACGGAUAAACUGUUAUUGAAGAAGAGAGGAGAUGAUUCUAAAAAAAAAAAAAAGAACUAAAAAAAGCACAUAUAAGGAGAUUUAUAAAUAAUGCAUUCCUAUUGAGGCGCAGUGGCCAUUAGAAAAAAAGGUUUCUAUAGAGAAAAACAAUCUAGCUUUCUACAACUUUGUUUGUGUAGUGAAAGCAAUACUAUAAUGACAAUCCUAGUGAAACCAUGUUUACAUUGUCAGGGGAAGUUUCUCUGUUAAUAAAACAAGCCAGUUCGCUCCGAGAUUCGGGGGAAACGUCUGAAAGCAGUGCCGUCGUCUGAUCAAAGCCAGUUACUUUGCAGAGACCACAGGGUGGCUUUAACAUCGCGGCUGCAGUGUCCAUCUAGCGCCACUUUGCUAUUUUUCUAUGGUCAGCUACCGUCAGAUGGUCCCUGGUAGAUGUAACAACAGCGGCACAGUCACUGAGGUUGCUUCUUGCCUCCUGUGCUCCAGUGACGACCCCUCUCCACCGCUCACCCUGCGACGUGACCCAUGUGCCACAAUUGCCUUAACACAAGCUGUAGUACAGAGGCGAGUUCAGGGCGAGGCGGGUGGAAACGGGGUGACGCAGAGCAGACCACAGCACAGAGAGGUGAAGCGUGAGCAGCGCUGUGGGAGGGAGAGGGUCGGGCUACUUAGCUGUGUGGAUAUUAUGAGAUGUUUUCUGGUGGUGUUGCUCUGUGUUCGUUCAGUGCGUACCUUCUUUUUAAAUUAAAAGAUUAUUUUAUUUGAUAGAAAUUUCUCGAUUGUUUUAAACAGUCCCCUCCCAGUAUGUUGACACACAGGACCCCAGUGUGUGACGGCUAAUUUAUUAUUUAUCCUUGAUUUGUACUCUUUGCCUUUUGCUGGACUUGUAUUUGUGUGCGUUGAUUCUGAGGUUGUGUACAGCAUGUUUCAGUUUUUUCGCCGUAGUGCUGCUUCUUUCUUCUUUACUCUUUGUGCUUCGGUUUUCUUUUUUCUACGUCUGACCAUUGCUGUUCACUUCUUCUCUCUGCGCCAUAAACGUGUUUUCGGAGAAAAAUAAAUAACAAAAGAAGAAGAAAGCAAAAAAGUUACUAUUUGUUUAAAGUUGAAAAGGUUGAUACCAAACAGAUUUAGAUGUUUUUUGGUAAUAUUUUGUGUGACAACCAACUUUUCUUUCUUGGAUAUUUUGUAGUGACAUCUCAUUUGUAAAUCUUUUUCUAAAGAUGUUUGUUCGUCUCCAUGACAUUUGAUAAUGGGUUUUUUGCCAGGUUAGCCUCAAAGGCUCCAGUUUAUUGAUAUUUUUAAAACUGGUUUGUACAAACGUGUUAUGUCAAUAAAAAAAAUAAAAAAGGACAACUUCAAGCAGAAAAGAUGCUUUGCCUGCAUAACACUUGACAAUAAAGUGAUUUAAACUGUCUUAAA